UUUUAAUAUACGUGUUAACCUCAUAACAGUUUGUACAAACCUUCCUCAAGACGUGCCUGCAAUAAAUAUUGUGGAUGGAUAGGGUAGCCAUGGAUACUGCUCCGCCGUGAGUGGGUGUGCUAUGCUAACUGAGACCUGCGGGUGGUGCAUUUCUGAGCCCCAUAAAACACCAUACUUAGCCUCUAUGCAAAGACAAGAGGUGACAACUUCACUACUGGAGCUCCAAUGCAAGCGCCAGUCACGAUAUGAGGGGAAAUGCGCAGCCAAUCUAGAGCGCAAUGAAUGAAAAGCUUUUGCAUUGGAUUUUAUAUCGGACAAGCCAUACCAUGUCAGCGGAAUGGAGAUCAGUGCUUAAAGGAUUGAAGAUAUCUUAUUGAGAACAGGAAUAGACUUGUAACUCCUAAAAUUACUCUCAGAAUAGGUUAUCGUAUUUUUCCGAGGACAAGUAUUUAUCUGGAUUAUCUGUAAUGGCCGGGAUGGGCAAUGAUCUUGGAAUUCUGCUCCUGGCGUGUCUUUUUGUGAUGAUGGAGGCAUCAAGAGCCGGGAGAAAUCUCGGUGAGACGCAGUUGAUCCCGAAGGUAGAGUCUCCCCCACUCCAAGACCACCGCGGAGGAUCCGCGCACCUGGACCAGAGAGGCUCUGAGUCCCAUACCAGGACCAAGAGGUGCACAUGCUACUCCUACAAGGACAAGGAGUGCGUUUACUACUGUCACCUGGAUAUCAUUUGGAUAAAUACACCAGAGCGCAUGGUGCCAUAUGGGAUGUCAAACUACCGUGGAUCCCAGCGAGUCAAGCGCUCCAGCGGGAGCCCGGUCCGUGGCUUGCGAGACAUGGAGCCCCUGCGGUGUGUCUGUGCGGACCAGCAGAAUCAGCAGUGCACACACUUCUGCAGAAGGUCCGAGGCGUCUACUAUAGGCCGGACACCCAGAGGAAGGGGACCUGGAUAAGCCUUGACAGUCUCUUGUCUGAUGGCACAAAAGACAAUACAUUGCUCCCCCCCCCGGCAUAAACUGGUGUUCCGGCAGGACACACGCUGAACACAGAGGCACGGAAAGGAGUACGCCGGGUAUUCCAGGUGCAUUCGUCAACAUUUCGGACACCCCUCCUGGCGGGUUACGCCUGAAUUCCAGAGGACAAACUACCCACAGUUUAGGAAAGUAUGCGUUUUAAAAGCAGGUCAAACUGAGGUGAAAAAUGUGAGUCUUAAUAUUGACUGGACAUCCUGCAUCCUUGGGGAAAGAGAAAAUCGUCCCAUUUCAGCAAGAGACUAGCUAAUAGCCCACGUGUUUUUUCCGACCACCCAGUCAGCAUGUGCGCUCCACAAACACAAGACACAUCAUUGACGAGUCUCAAAUGUGAGGUCUGUGUAUCAGCAAACUGGAAUCCUCUGAGGUGAAAGAGUGCCUUAUGCUUGAGAUAUAAAAAUACUGCUUCGUCCUUCACAUGUGGCUAUUUGUGUGCCUGACAUUCUCUCUCAGUGAGCAGCGUGGAUGUCUACAACUUGUAUUAAUAUGAUAUAUAGUACGUACAGUGUGUAAGUGAAGAUGAGGGACUUUGUGUUAGCAUAUGAUGAAAUUAGCCUAUGUGUGCUUUCAUGAUGUCACAAAGCCAUUUCUUUAAACAAAAUCAAUGACAGCGCAACACAGCUGAUAGCAACUGCAAACUGCCAAAAUACUCUCCUCCUGGACUGUGCAGCAAUCCUCAUUAAUCAUAAAUCAUGUACUAACCUGAUGCAUUUCAACUAAAGCCACGAAUAUUCAUGAUGGGCUCUGUCUGCGAGUAGAAUAAAUCUAUGCUUUGUUAAUUCAUUAUUUCAUUAAGUUGUUUGUUAAUGUUAAUUUAUAUAGCUAAAGUAUCUGCAGAUAUCAAAAUAAAUGUUCUCUCUAAAGCACUGUGUUCGCACUGAAAGGUAUUUACAGUCAUAGUUGUUUUGUUUGUUUGUUUGUUAAGUACUAUCACAAACGUAUGCUUCAAGUUAUGGCUGUACAAAGUGGGCAUACUGCAGACGGAGGAAAGACAGUACACUGAAGUGUUAUUAAAGCCAUUUACAAUAUCAAA